CUGUUAGCUGGGGUGGGGAACCUGCGGUUUGCAGCCCAAACGGUGCGAGACUGCCGGCAGCUUGCCCAGUCUGCGGGCAGCCUUGGUGUAACGUGCGCCGUGCCGCUCCCUUGGGACCGUGGAGAUCGGCAGCGUCUUCCCGCAACCCGGCAUGCAGCAGCCCGCCGAGCCCUCCGGGGAGCAGCCCCCCAGCAGCGGGGCUGGGAAAGCCCCCGAGGAUAACGGCGAUGCCAUGAGCGGGAACCCCUAUGCGGAGCUGGUGAGCCGCCUGCGGGCAGCCUGGCUCUCGGGGAAGACGCGGCCCAUGGAGUACCGCGUGGCCCAGCUGGAGGCCCUGGGACGCUUCUUGGAUGAGAAGCAGAAGGACAUCCUGGAGGCCACCGCCACAGACAUGCGCAAGCCGUUCUUUGAAUCCGAAUUCUCCGAGAUCCUCCUCUGCAAGAACGAGCUCCAUGAGACCCUGAACAACCUGUCCCACUGGAUGAAGGAUGAGCACGUGGACAAGAAUCUGGUGACCCGCCUGGACUCGGCCUUCAUCCGCAAGGACCCGUACGGGGUGGUGCUCAUCAUCGGGCCCUGGAACUGCCCCAUCCACCUCCUCCUGGUGCCCCUCAUCGGGGCCAUCGCUGCCGGUAACUGUGUCAUCAUCAAACCCUCGGAGAUAACCAAGAACAGCGAGAUGCUCAUGGCUGAAGGGCUGCCCAGCUACCUGGACAAGGACUGCUUUGCUGUGGUGACCGCCAGCGCGGAGGAGACCACCAGACUGCUGGAGAACAAAUUCGACUACAUCUUCUUCACCGGCAGCCCCGCCGUGGGGAGGAUCGUGAUGACAGCCGCUGCCAAGCACCUGACGCCCGUGACGCUGGAGCUGGGGGGCAAGAACCCCUGCUACGUGUCCGACACCUGCGACGUGCAGAAUGUGGCCCGGCGGGUGGCCUGGGGCCGCUUUUUUAAUGCGGGGCAGACCUGCGUGGCACCCAACUACGUGCUGUGCACUGUGGAGAUGCAGGAGAAGCUGCUGCCCGCUCUGCGUAAGGCCAUCACGGAGUUUUACGGCCCCAACCCUCAGGAGUCCCCCGACUUUGGCCGCAUCGUGGGGGACAAGCAGUUCCAGCGGGUGCAGACCCUGCUGCGCAGCGGGCGUGCGGUCAUCGGAGGACAGACAGACAAGGAGGAGCGCUACGUCGCUCCCACGGUGCUGGUGGACGUGCAGCCCUCUGAUCCUAUCAUGCAUGAGGAAGUCUUCGGCCCCAUCUUGCCCAUCGUCAUUGUGGCCAACAUGGAUGAAGCCAUUGACUUUAUCAAUAGCCGCGAGCGGCCGCUGGUUGUGUAUGCCUUCUCCUCUGAUGACAAGGUGGUGAACCAGGUGCUGGAGCGGACAAGCAGCGGCGGCUUCUGCGGCAACGACACCCUGAUGCACGUGACGUUGACCUCGCUGCCCUUCGGUGGCAUCGGAAACAGCGGCAUGGGGAUGCACCACGGCAAGUUCACCUUCGACACCUUCACCCACCACCGCGGCUGCCUGCACCGCGGCAUGGGCCGGGAGGCCCUUAACGCCCUGCGCUACCCGCCCUACAGCCAGCAGAAGCUGGGAAUCGUCCGGGUCGCCUCCGAGGUGAAGCGCAAGGACGCCUGCACCCUGCUCUGAGGGUCCCCCGCCGCCACCGUGAUAUCUCCUGCUGUCGGUCACGGUGGUCUUUGCAGCCACCUGCAACGCAAAGGCGUUUCCUUGCAACUACGUGCAAUGAAGAGGUGUUUCCUUGCAACCGCCUGCAACGCAAAGGCGUUUCCUUGCAACUACGUGCCAUGAAAAGGCGCUUCCUCGCAACCACCUGCAAUGAAAAAGCAUUUCUUUGCAACCA